AUGGGUCCAGUCAUGCCUCCCAGCAAGAAACCGGAAAGCUCAGGAAUUAGCGUCUCCAGAGGGCUGAGUCAGUGUUACCGGGGCAGCGGUUUCUCCAAGGCCCUGCAGGAAGACGAUGACCUCGACUUCCCCUUGCCCGACAUCCGACUAGAGGAGGAGGCCAUGGAAGAUGAGGAGCUGACCAACCUGAACUGGCUGCACGAGAGCAAGAACCUGCUGAAGAGCUUCGGGGACUCGGUCCUGCGCAGCGUCAGCCCGGUCCAGGACCUGGACGACGACCCGCCGCCGUCGCCCGCCCACUCCGACGUGCCCUACGACGCCAUCUAG